AUUUUUUUUUAUAUUUGUGAGAAACAUAUUUCAUACUAAAGUUUUGUCGAUUUUAGCACACUUUAGACUAAAUUUGUUAAUGUGAAUGACAUUACUAUAUAUAAGCAUCGUGCCAACGUUUUUGUGGGUGUUUUGUAUAUAGCACCUAACCUAUAAGAAAAAUUCAAUUGUUUGGUGAUUUUCCGUUGUUUGGUAGAAAUAAAGAAUUAAAACUUUCAUACUUACGCAUUAUAGAUUUUCUGUCCUUCCAUUCUACAAUAUGUAUUAGAUCUAAUUACCUAUGGAUCCCGAAACCGAACAGAAGAUCUUCAAAUUUGAGACCUUUGUGAACGAAGUGCUCAAAGCGGAUCUUGCGAGCUUGGCUGAAAGACUUGACGCCAAGAAUGAUGCUAUUACGGAGUUUUUGCAAUUAAAAUCUGUGGUUACAACGUUUCAAAACACAGAUAUUGAGAAAACUGGUUUCAAAACAAAACUCGAUAUUGGAAAUAGCUUCUUUAUUCAAGCACAUGUUCCAGAUGCUUCAACAAUCUUACUGAAUGUUGGUUUAGGACAUUAUGUUGAAUUCACCUUAGAGGAAGCUUUAGUUGUUAUAGAUGUAAGAAUUAAACUUUUGGAGAAACAAAUUGUCAAUUUGCGGAAAGCAGUUGCAAAAACAAAUGCUCACAUUAAGCUAAUACUUCUGGUUAUCAGAGAUAUAAAAGGAAUGAAAGAAGAUGUGUGAUAAGUGAAGCCUGUUUUAAGAAGUAUGACAUUAAGUUAAGCAAAAUAGAAGAGUACAUUUUAUUUUAUGUAAUUUAGAUU